AUGACAGGAGAACAGAAGGAGGAAUUGCCACCGGGGUUCAGAUUUCAUCCUACAGAUGAAGAACUUAUCACCUUCUAUCUCAUCAACAAGAUAACUGAUGCUACUUUUACUGGAAGGGCGAUCGCAGAUGUCGAUCUCAACAAGUGCGAGCCAUGGGAACUCCCUGCAAAGGCGAAAAUGGGAGAGAAGGAGUGGUACUUCUUCAGCCUUCGAGAUCGGAAGUACCCAACAGGAGUCAGAACAAACCGAGCAACAAACACAGGUUACUGGAAGACGACAGGGAAAGACAAGGAGAUCUUCAACAGUGUGACAUCUGAGAUGGUUGGGAUGAAGAAGACACUUGUUUUCUACAGAGGCCGAGCUCCUCGAGGCGAGAAGUCCAAUUGGGUCAUGCAUGAAUAUCGUAUUCAUUCUAAAUCCGCCUUUAGAACCUCUAAGGAUGAAUGGGUGGUUUGCCGUGUCUUCCAGAAGAGCGCAGGCAUAAAAAAGUAUCCAACAAACCAAUCAAGAGCAGCCAAUCCCUACAACCUAGAAAUAGGUCCAAGUGUGGUGCCAUCACCCAUGAUGCAGCUAGGUGAUCACCAAUUCCCAUAUGGCAGAAAUUACAUGACAAGUGCUGAGCUGGCAGAGAUUUCUAGGGUUUUAAGAACUGGCGGCAGCGGCGGUGGUGGAUCAUCAAAUGGCACUAUUAACGUACCAAUCCAACCCCAAUUCAACUACCCAAAUCUUGGAGGAGGAGGAGGAGGGUUUACAAUUUCUGGGUUAAAUUUGAAUCUUGGUGCGCCAGCCACCCAGCCCAUGUUGAGGCCAAUGCCACCACCACAACUACAUCAUCAAGGUCCUCCAGCUAUGAACCCUCAUCAGCAAGAUGUUAUGAGUAAUGGGGCUAAUAAUAAUUCCCUUGGUCCAGAUCAUCAAGCUGGAUAUGGUGCAAUAGAUAUGAACAACAACAAUGCAAAUGGGAAUGGCAACAGGUUUAUGAACAUGGAGCACUGUGUGGAUCUUGACACCUACUGGCCUCCCUAUUAG